UACCAUGCCUGUUUUUGAAUGCCCCAAGUGCCCAGAAAAGAUCGACGCCGAGUACGUCCUGCCUCGUGGUUCAGCACGAUGGUUCAAACCGCUAUACUCGACUACUGCUUAGGGCGACUAUCAUACAACAUUGAAUGAUAUUCGACCCAACCUUGCAAACCAUCAGUUGUUCGUUCUCCCUUCGCUCCUUCUUGCCAGGAUGGCCGUGCGCAUACGAGCCUUCUUUACUUGGGCUCUCUUUGGUCUUCUUCUUCGCAACCCAAAGCACAAUAUACCUCCGCCGGUGUCGAUUCAGUUGUGGAUUCGAUGAUAUUUCAGUUUCUUACCAAUCUUCAUCGAUAUCGCUUACCUCUGAUGAAUUGAGCUUAAUUCAGGCACAUGCAGAGCUGCAUGCAUCUACUAGGUUCAACGAUCAAGAUCAUGGCCGCGGCGAUCCCAUCAGACCAGUCCUCAAUCCAAGAUUUACUUUGCUUCCACGAGGAAUGCAUUCCUUGCUCCUUUCGUUUUAUCAAUUGGAUCAUGAUGGUAACACGUAAACGAUUGAUGUGUUCAAGCUGGGUCCAUCAGUUCUGACGUGCCGCCGAGGGGCAAAGAUGGAUUCACCCAGGAUGUUCCUCCUCUUGUGUGAAAACGGUCAGCAUCGUUAGCCAUUCAUACCAUGUUGCUUAAAUCAUUCUGUCCGCUUCAACUUGAAUUUACGCCUAGUCCGAUCGAAUACCUACUUCACUUUAGCUAUACGCAGAUUCACUCCAGGUCU